GGUCAAGUGGACAGGCUGCCGCUGGUGGUGCUAGUGGAGGCUGAGCCACAGUUAUGUCAAUGUCACAGCAGACGUGGCCCAGUCUGAGCCGGCAUAUUUGUUGGCUCAUGGCGGCUUUGGCCGUGGCCGGGCUGGCGGUGAGCGAUGCUCUGCCUUUUCUUUACACGAAUCUGCGAGCACCCAUCAACUGGACGCAGCCACAGCUGGACGACUGGAAGGUUGAGGUGCAGCCACGGAGCGUGGUACCGCACGUGGAGCUCAAGUAUCACCCGAAUCGCACCAGCACCGAGACAGCCGACACCGAUGAGGCGUUUUUGGAGCGCUUGCGGGCUCUGCGCCAGAACCGCAGCUCGGCGCGAAUGCUAUGGUACGACGCGGCAGCUGGCGAUGGUCUCACGUAUCCUCCAUUCGUGGACAAGGCGCUGAAGCUGUUCAAUCUGAAGCAGGUGGCCUUCGAAAUCGAGAACAGCGUCCUGUCCAAGGUCUCCUGCACCGCGUGCAAGGCGGGAGCCGGCCUGCUCCAGCACUACAUCAAGAGCGGCAAGACUGACGCGGAGCUCAUGAAGAUGAUUGCGCAAUACUGCACGAACCUGAGCAUCCAGAGCCCGCGCGUCUGCGAGGGGGUGGCCCAGCUCUUUGGUAGCGAAGUCAUCUACGUGCUGCAACGCGUAAACCUGGGCCCCGACGAGCUGUGCAGCUUCAUCAUAGGCGACGGCUGCGGCGAUGUCUAUAACCCGUACCACGAGUGGGAGGUUAUUUUCCCACCGGUACCCAAGCCCCCGCGCCUUGCAGAGCUGCCAGUGCCACUGGAAGCGGCGCCGUUCUUCAAGGUGCUCCACAUCUCCGACACCCACUACGAUCCGCACUACGUCGAGGGAGCAAAUGCGGACUGCAACGAACCUCUGUGCUGCCGGCUGAGCAGUGGGCGGCCUGCCAGCCCCAACGCUGCUGCCGGGAAGUGGGGGGACUACCGCAAGUGCGACACGCCGAAGCGGACGGUGGACAACAUGCUCGCUCACAUUGCAGAUACCCACAAGGACAUUGACUACAUCCUCUGGACGGGCGACCUGCCGCCGCACGAUGUUUGGAACCAGACGAAGCAGGAGAACCUAGAGAUCAUCAAGGAGACGGUCAAGCAGAUGACUGAAAAGUUCCCAGGAGUGCCAAUCUUUCCAGCCUUGGGCAACCACGAGAGCGCGCCCGUUAACAGCUUCCCGCCUCCGUAUGUCAACCAAGUCGAUAUUUCCAUCAACUGGCUCUACGACGAGCUCGACGUCCAGUGGCGUCGCUGGCUGCCGCAGAGCGUCUCGCACACUGUCCGGCGCGGCGCCUUCUACUCGGUUCUAGUGCGCCCCGGCUUUCGCAUCAUUUCACUCAACAUGAACUACUGCAACAACAAGAACUGGUGGCUGCUUCUCAACUCCACUGAUCCCGCCACGGAGUUACAAUGGUUCAUCUAUGAGCUGCAGAGCGCCGAGUUUUCCAAUGAGAAGGUUCAUGUAAUUGGGCACAUUCCGCCAGGUCAUUCGGACUGCCUGAAGGUCUGGUCACGUAAUUUCUAUAAAAUCAUCUCGCGCUAUGAGAGCACCAUUACCGCCCAGUUCUAUGGCCACACCCACUUCGACGAGUUCGAAAUGUUCUACGAUCCCCAUGAUUUGACGCAUUCCAAUAGCAUUGCCUAUAUAGGACCCUCGGUGUCGCCCUACUAUGAUCUAAAUCCGGGAUACCGCAUUUACUAUGUUGAUGGUGAUCAUGAUACAACCACUCGUCUCGUCAUCGAUCAUGAGUCGUGGAUAAUGAACCUAAAGGAGGCAAAUCUCUACGGCUACCCGAUUUGGUAUAAGCUAUAUACAGCCAGGGCUGCGUAUAAUAUGAAAGCUCUGCGACCGAGCGACUGGGACAAGCUGCUCAACGAUCUGACGGACAACCAGGAGCUAUUUGAAAUUUACUAUAAAAACUACUGGAAGAACUCUCCGGCGCGACCCACGUGCGAUGCGGAGUGCAAAAAGCGGAUGUUGUGCGACUGCAAAAGUGGACGCUCCCACGACCGCCGGCAUUUCUGUGCGGAUGUGGAGUCGAAAAUCGAUGAGGGGUCCUCCAAGUCGUGGAAGUCGUGGUUCUAUCGGGGACUUACCAACUCCACUUGGGAGCAACACACCGAGGAGCAGGGAAACAUAGAGUCGAAUGCCUUGGGUUUCAGUGAUGUGGUUUAUGGUGUAUUCGGUUGAGGUCAAACAAACACACAAACUCUGUAAAUAUCUAGCUACACAUAAUUUUAGAUACCUAUUAAGCAGACUAAACUGGUUACUGGUGAAUAUACUGUAAAAUAAGCUUUCAAAAUAAAUUUUGGUAACAUU